AGCCAAAGCCAAAAGAGCUACACUCAAUACAAUCUAAGUACAAGUUGCAACCAGCAGUAAAAGACCAAGAUGCACCCGCUCUACGGCUACGUGGUUCUGGCUUUGGGCACCUUUGGCAUGGUGCUCACCGGUCCGGGCCAGACCGCGUCGAUAGGUGCCACCAUCACGGUGGUCAUUGCGAACUCCCACCUGCCGCGUACCUUCGUCAGUGGUCUCUACCUCGCUGCGACGCUCGGCUCCGCCUGCAGCCUUCCGGCUAUCGGGUACGCCGUCGAUCGCAUUGGGUCGCGCGUCAUGUUUCCGGUCAUGGCAGCAGUUUUGGGGUUUUCCUGCUUUCUGUUUGCGAGUUUGUUCCACGCACACCUGGAGGCGACCGCGAUCGCGAGCAAGGUGGAUAGUACUCGCCUUCCAGGUAGUACAACUAGAGAAAGAGCCAAAGAAACAACUCAAAAGAGCGAAAAAGAUACCGCUAUCUUCGACCAAGAACAGGGCAGUCCGAUGCUGUUGCUGCUCACGUUUUUCCUCCUUCGCGUCAGUGCGCAGGGCGGGCUGUGGCUGGUGGGCACCAACAUGGUGAAUCGGUGGUUCGUGAAGACCCGAGCGCAGAUGAUGGGCGUGCUGAACGUCGUUGUUUCGUUCGCUCUAACCGGCGUUUUUUCCUCCAUCGUGAAGCAAUCCGUCCUCCAGAUUGGUUUUCCGAAAACCUACCAGAACCUCGGCCGCCUGGAACUCGGAAUCCUGCUCCCGCUCGGCUUGCUCUUCGCUGCCGACAGCCCAGAGAAGUACGGACUGAAGCCGGAUAACGAGGGCAGGCUAGAGACCGGCACGAGCCCCGAGGGAGAUCGGGACGUGGUGGCUCAGCCAAGAGGACAACAACAGGAGGACACUGCACCGGAGGUGGGAAAAAACGUCGACUCAUCUUCUAUUGACCAGAUGAACGCAAUAUCAAUACAACCGGUCAAAAAUGAGUAUGAGACAGACGUACGAAAGCACCCCAGCGGAAAGGGAGACGAUAUCGAUAUCCUACCUUUGAGCGACGGGUUAGUUGCAGGUGCCGCCCUCGCUGGGCCGGCAGAGGGAGAUGAUGUUAAUAACGUCACCAGCCAUCCUGAGGACAUCCAUUUUGAUGAAGAAGAAGAAGCCGACGAUACCGGGAGCCCGCGCAGUCCCGCCGCCGAGGAUACUUUGCGCAAGUCGCCAUCAAGAAAUUCACUCCUGCCUCGCGUUCCCUGGAAGCACGGGUCACCACGCUACAAGAUGGUGCAAAAAGUGGAAAUGGUUCCGCUAGGGCGGCAGGGGGAAGAACUCGAUGUAAAAACAGAACAUAACUUUGCUAGGAAAGCUUCGGACGCGCAUCCAGGGCGUGGACAAGCCGACUCUGUCGACAUAAGUAGUCACGCGACAGCUUCUAUGUCUGAAGGUCCUGCAGCACCCGGCGUUGCUGAGACGCUCGAGGUGAACAAAACACUAUCGGACGCCCUGCGCACCUACGCCUUUUGGUUUUUCGUUCACGGUAUGGUGAUGCAAGGCAUCGUUAUUACGGCGAUGUUUUUCCAUCUCGACAACCUUCUGGGUGGUUUUCCGCCUUCUCUGCUCAUUUACGUCUACCUCUCCGCGGCCACAGGGGCGGGAAUCGGGAGCAUCGGAAUCGGCCUGCUGACCAGGCCGGACCAAAGAAACGUUGGUGGAACAGGAGCGACAAGAAGUGGGACGAGAUUCUCCGUUUCCUUCGAAAAGUGGGUCGCUGUCGAGGCGGGGUGCAUUUUUCUGAUGCUCGUGUCCUAUGCUGCUGGGUUGCGGUACUUCCUCUCGGUGGACAAGCACCCCGUACCGGUGAUCGACGUUGAUUCUCUAGACACGGAGGCUGUGCGCGUGUGGAUGAUGUGGUGUGGGUGCCUGCAGGGAGCGGCUGGCGGGAUAAUCACCACCGUGCACAACGUCGUUUAUGCGGCAAAAUUCGGCCGCCUGCACAACGGCAAGAUUCAGGGCAUCGCAAACUCCUUCAUGGUUGCCUCGUCGGCGCUCGGUCCGUUCUUGUUUUCCCUCAUUCAUGAUGUACUGGAUAACCGGUACGACUACUCGCUGCUGGCCUUCAGCCCCUGGCCAGUGUUUCUGCUUUUCACGGCCCUGCGAAUAUAGUAAUUGCGCUGGCUGGAGGGGGAGGGGCGCGUGCGGUCUUGUCCUUGAGGAUGGAACGAAUGUCACACCACAGACGCAGCGCUCCAGCUUGACGCAGACCGUAGACAAAGGAGAGCAGAAACAACGCAAGCCGUCUCUGGUCUCUGACUAAGAACAAUAUGUCAUGUUCAUGUACGAUUGUUGUAAAAAAGAAAUAAACGUCAAGUACCUUUCUUUCGCUAUGUGAAUGGCUAAUAUGCGGAAGAUGCGCAAGGUAGAAUUCCCAAUUUUCUUCGGGAGACGUUUGCAUGUGAUAACGCACACUGACUUUUCGUGACGCGACAAGCUAAGUAAAAGCUGAGUCUGUAUCUUAUGAAGACCAUGACCACUGCGACCAAAAUACAAAAACAAAACAACACCGAAGAAAACAAC